AGAGCAGGGUCAGGCUGGCUCCCAGAGUCAAGGAUUGGGGUGACCUAGCAGAUCACCAGUCUAGAAAACACCAGAGGGGAACGUCACAGGCUGCACCCAGGAAUUGAAAGGGAAUCCAGAUUUUUUUGCCUCCCAGAAUUAGCCUUGUGAUUUCAGUGGGAUUCAGGAUUCUCUUUUUCAAUUUCUCGUCCCCCUGUAUACCACCCUAGCCCGAGCCCUGAUAAUAACCAUAUACCCAUGAUAACCUUAACCUAAUCUCCAUGGCAGUCUCAACCCCAUAAUAAUGCCAGACCUGUCUGCUCUUUCUUCACGCCCUAAGUGCUCGUGAUACAGACACACCCAAACUCUGCUGGCAGGAGUGUUAUAUCUAUAUUUGACCACAUACACCAAAAGGGACUCUUUGGGUCUCUGAAGUUGAGCUGAUUGUGGCUUGUUGUGGGAAUGGUUUUAGAGCUAUUCACAUAGGAUGUUUUGUUCCAAAUCUGAUGGGGCAUCUGAUAGCUGGAUACCCAUGGACACCGCCUCUGUUUACUGUGUGGAUGAGAUGCAAGCUGGACAUUUACAAAGACAAAUGAACCGCCGGAGGGUUCUCAGAAGAGGGGCUCCCUGGGCUAAGAGGCGAUACCUUGUGACUGGAUAAGAGCAGAAGAUUGGUGCACGUGGUUAUCCAUUACAGGGGAGGGAGGGGUGACGUCUCAGAAAUGGUAGAUCCCAGCUUUAUGGGCUGGACAAGGGCUGGAAGAACUAACGACUGAGUGAGUAACACCUUAUCAGACAAGCCAGCACCAACGUGGGCAGGCGGUAGACUGUGUUUUAUGUUUUUCAUCUACCUGUAACCUCAUGUUUCCACCUCCUUUGCCUGUAUUUUGAAUCUCUCCCUCAGCAUCGGCUAAAUCAGUCUCAGCUUGGUGUUACAAGAAACACCUCUGAGUGCUGGGUGCAAAGGAGAGGGUUGAACUGAGGGGAAGCCGGGAAGUGCAGUUUCUACGGAGGCAGCGGACGGCUACACAUUGUGAGUGCGCAGAAGACGGGGGACUGGGCACUGGAGUGUAACAGAGUCGGGGGGUGUAAAUUGGUGCCUGCAGACGGAUAGAGCCGGGCGCGCGGAGCGCCAGGAAUGCCAGCAGCAGGUGGCUGGGAGAGUUUCCCCUGGUGGGCACAAACUGGGCUUCCCUCCCCGCACCCGGGGCCAGGGGUAGUGGGGCAACCCAGACACCACGGGUCACCGGGAAAAGUAUCAAAAUGCUCGUGGGAGUUGGAAUCCCAUGUAAGAUUCCAACAACAAAAUACAUUGCCCUGCGCAUGUGGAAACAGAAUGUGUCUGGGAGCCAGGACUCCUGGGUUUCUUCACCCACUCUGGGGUCUAGUGGAUUAAAGCAGAACCAGGACUCCUGGGUUAUCUCCCUGGCUCCAGAAGGAGAAUGUGUUGCUCUCUUAUCAUCAGGUAACACGUAUAAUUAUUUACACUCUCCUCACUUCAGCUCCCUUGCCCGGGGAUAAUGUAGUUUCCUCUUUUCUUCCCAGGCUGUGGCAAGCCGUUGGUCUCAGGGCGCAUCUUGAAUGGUCAAGAUGCCAAGGCCGGGGCCUGGCCCUGGCAGGUCAGCGUGCAGAGAAACCGCUCCCACAUCUGCGGCGGUUCGCUCAUCUCCGAGAGCUGGGUGGUGUCAGCAGCUCAUUGCUUCAAGCUGUGAGUACCCCAGGCAGGGCAGAGAGAGUGACUGCAGCCGUUCUGAACAGAUUCUCUCUCCCUUUUCACUGGCUUGCUGUUGUGUGGCAUCGCUGUGUUGCUGUUCCUCAGCUGCCCUGCCCCAGAGGUGGCUGCAUCUCAUUGCCAAGUGAGCCAUCCCUUUGCGGUGUUAUGUAUGGCUGUUCCCCAGGUGCACCGCUCCAGACAUGUCUGCAUCCACGUGCCAGGCAAGCCCUCCCUGUGCAGCACUGCUAUGGGUCCAUUCCAUAGAUGUCCCACCCCAGAGCUGGCUACAUUUCAGCACCGUGAGAAUUAUCCCUCUGUGGUAUGACUAUUUGGCUGUUCCCCAAUCAGAUUUUCUUGCAUUCAGACCUGUAGUCAAUUCAGCAUAUCGGGUGUAGCUGGGUGAAAACAGGAUUGUCGGUGAGACUCCAACCCAGACGUUCUCAUCGGUGAAGCGGAUCGUCCUCCAUCCCAAUUACAACAGUAGCACUUUCCUUGCCGACAUCGCCCUGGUGGAGCUGGAGAAGCCAAUUGCCUUCACGGCCUCCAUCAGCCCCGUGUGUCUGCUCGACGCCUCCGUCCGUGUGCCUGCUGGGAACACCUGCUGGGUGACUGGCUGGGGGAACGUUCACCCCGAAGUGAAUUUUUCCCUAGCGGCGACCCUGCAGGAAAUGGAGGUGCCCACCGUAGACACCAUGAUCUGCAACGAUCGCUUCCGAGUAGGAUUACAAAAGCCUGCGGGUGACAAUCCCAUCAAAGAAGACAUGAUGUGUGCCGGGUCCAUGGAGGGCUAUAAAGGCUUUGCUUCGGGUGACUCCGAGGGACCCCUGGUGUGUGAGGAGGACGGGACCUGGUACCUUGCUGGGCUUGUGAGCUGGUCACUGGUGAGAGAAGUGAAUGGGGUACUCACUAUUUUUCCCGGUUACCCUGGGGUCUACAACCGCCCGAAUGCCCACAACGACUGGAUCCAGGAGAAUGUGCCCGGUGUGAGUUUCACGGUGGUGAACUUCACUCUGAACAGUGCCAGUCCCUCUACCACCAUCACUCCGAGCAGUGUCCAUCCAUCUGCCAUCAUCACUUGGAAAGGUGCUGGUGGCCCCUCUGCCACAAUCCCCAGGGUCCUUCUCCUUGUAAUGCUUUUGCAGCUGACUCUCUGACCCCUCGACUCGAGUGGGACCCCAUCCCACACCAGCCCUUCCUCACCCUUCACGCACAUAGACCAUGUCACUUGUGGGAUCAGUUCCAGUGUUCUAAACCUGACUUUGAUAAUCAAAUUGAAGUUACAUUUAAUAUUAUAACUGCUUUGUUUGUUUGGCUCCUGUACGGUUAUUA